UAUUCAUAAUAAUAGCAAAUAUUACCUGGUUAGAUAUAACGUUUCAGUAUGACUUUAACCAAUGAAAUAACUACUUUUUAUGAACAAUCAUAAGUUGUACGAAAAACUAACUUUAAUAUCUCAUCUUUGCUAUCUUCUUGAGCAACAGCCAAUCAGAUCAUAAAAACUAGUUUGCACGCUCUUUCAAAUAAUUUGAACUGCCUGCGUUCUAAAAUUAGUCAACAUUCUUAAAGAAAAGGAACUUCGGCCUACGGGGUAGAGCUGAAAAUAAAUAAAUUCCAUUAAAAAUAUAAAUCUGUUAACACAAUAACAAUGGGCGAUGUGUCACAAAUUCGUUCAGUCGAAGAGAGCGAAGAGGAAACAUUUCAGGAUGUAGAAAUGCUUCAAAGUCAUGGGAUCAAUGUGGCUGAUAUUAAGAAAUUAAAAUCUGUUGGAAUAUGUACUAUCAAAGGAAUUCAGAUGCAUACGAAAAAACGACUUUGCGCCAUUAAAGGCUUUUCCGACGCCAAAGUUGAUAAGAUUAAAGAAGCUUGCAGUAAAAUAGUACAUUGUGGUUUUAUGACGGCUUGCGAAGUGAAUGAUAUGCGGAAGCGCAUAUUUCACGUGUCUACCGGAAGUCAAGAACUUGAUAAAUUAUUGGGUGGCGGUAUAGAAUCGAUGGCCAUAACUGAAGUUUUUGGCGAAUUUCGCACUGGAAAGACACAAUUAUCACACACUCUUUGUAUCACAGUACAAAUGCCUGGAGUUGGAGGAUACACUGGUGGGAAAGUAAUAUAUAUUGACACAGAGCACACAUUUCGACCUGAACGACUUCGAGCAAUUGCAACUAGAUUUGGUUUGGAUGAAGAUGCAGCGCUUGAUAAUAUAUUAUAUGCUAGGGCUUAUACCAGCGAACAUCAACAGGAACUUCUUGAUUACGUUGCAGCAAAGUUUCAUGAGGAAGCUGGAAUAUUUAAACUUUUGAUAGUGGAUUCGGUAAUGGCUCUUUUUAGAGUAGAUUUUAGUGGCAGAGGAGAAUUAUCUGAGAGACAACAGAAGCUGUCUCAAAUGAUGUCACGCUUGCAAAAAAUUUCAGAAGAAUAUAAUGUGGCUGUUUUUAUAACUAAUCAGAUGACAGCUGAUCCUGGUGCCACCAUGUCGUUUCAAGUAGAUCCAAAGAAACCAAUUGGUGGAAAUAUCAUAGCACAUGCUUCCACAACGAGGAUAUCCUUAAGGAAAAGCAGGGGAGAAUGUAGAAUUGCAAAGAUUUAUGACAGUCCUGAUAUGCCAGAAAGCGAAGCCACAUUUGCAAUUACUCUUGGUGGUAUCGCUGAUCCAAAAGACUAA